UGUUGUAAAGUUAUCUCUAUUUUUAGCAUCCCAGAACUGGAAAUCACCUCCACCGGGAACCAGCGGCGUCUAUGGGUAUUUCGUCAACAAAGGCGAGUUUCAAACGGAGCCUUUCAUCGUAGACAGAGCAAUCAACUUUUCUCUUGUUAUUAACUUCACAAACUGGGUCACAAUAGACCUUCCUAUGCAGGAAGAGUACUGCACUGUACUACUAUGCUUGGGCGGCAACUGGACCAAACUGGCCUCCUUCGGCACUCGAAUCGAACUCGAUGACCGAGACCUGAUCUACUACUGUAGCUUCGACCUGCAGACUUUCUUCAUGUCCGAGAAAUUCGACUUCAGAUGCAAAACUGAAACAUACACUUAUGACGUGUUGCAGCUGGGCGGGAGUGUGAAGCAGAAGUGGAGUGGUUUUGUAUGGACCACAGAUAGUGCAUUCCAGCUCAACGUCAACAACACACCCCCACUCAUCAUCCUCUACAACGCCAACAUCACCGUCUACAUCACAGGCAAGUAGGCGGCCACACAACAUGCAACGUAUAAUGACCCCCCUGAAAAAUAAAUAAAAAUCUAGAUGUGAGAAAACGUCGUACAGGCAUGAAUUAUUUAAUUUUUUGUAUUAUUUAUUGCUUCAACCUCGCCGCAAAAAAAGUAGAAAACUCCGGCGCUUUGUAAAUUUUCCGAUUUUAGAGAUUUUCCUUAUUGGGAUCAAAACAUAUAUCACAUCAAAAAUUUCUGCAUCAA